UUUCUCUCUCUACUUGUAUCUCACACUCUCUCUCUCUCUCUCUCUGUCAGCUUCCUUCAUUUAAAUUCCAGCUAUGGAGCCGCCGCCUAAUGGGACUUUGGUUCUCCGUCCAUGACCUCGAUGACUGAGUUGAAUCGGUGUUCCCGUUGGUUUUCGUUGAACGAGCAAAGAGUCUAGUAAUUCAGCUCGAGCAAUUUGGUCGGUUUUUCUCGGGAACAAUCAGAAAGUGUUUGCUUAUUUUAAACAAUCAGAACUAAAACCCCAAGUAGUUAGCUUGUUCUAUAGGCUUUGAGCUCAGAGAUUGAAGUGAAGGGAACAAAAAUGGGGGACCUGGACAAUUCCUCAUCCCCGUUACUGACAGUUUCAACAGCUUCAGGGGAAGCUAGUUUAUCUUCCUCUGCUCACGAAACCAUGACUCUUCCAGAGCCACCUGCGAAGAAAAAGCGAAACCUCCCCGGAAUGCCAGAUCCCGAAGCGGAGGUGAUCGCUCUGUCGCCGACAACGCUCCUCGCAACCAACCGUUUCGUGUGCGAGAUCUGCAACAAAGGGUUCCAGCGUGAUCAGAACUUGCAGCUCCAUCGGCGAGGCCACAACUUGCCGUGGAAGCUGAGGCAAAGAACAACCAAAGAAGUCCGGAAGCGGGUCUAUGUGUGCCCUGAGACCUCCUGCGUGCAUCACAACCCGACACGAGCCCUUGGCGAUUUGACGGGAAUAAAAAAGCACUUCUGUAGAAAGCACGGCGAGAAGAAGUGGAAGUGCGAGCGGUGCUCCAAGAAAUACGCCGUACAGUCCGAUUGGAAGGCGCACAUGAAGACCUGUGGUACCCGAGAGUACAGAUGCGAUUGCGGAACUUUAUUCUCUAGGAGGGAUAGCUUUAUAACGCAUAGGGCUUUCUGCGAUGCGUUGGCGGAGGAGAGCGCGAAGGCUCAAACCCUAGCGAUUGACGGCUCAGAUGGAAAUCAGAACUCCAAUCUCAAUAAUCAGAGUCCGAAUCCGAAUGCGAAGGGUGUGGUGGCUUCGCCGCCUCCACCGCCUCUCACGCCGUCAAACACUGUGGUGUCCCCGGCUUUGUCCAUUCAGAGCUCAGAAUUGCCGGAAAACCCAAUAGGCCUCUCGCCGCCAACGCCAGCCACAACGUGCUUAACCACCACAGCAAUUAGCACCACCACUACCACCACCACCACCACCACCACCACCACCUCAACAGGAAACUGCAACAACGGCAGCAGUGUAUUUGCAAGCAUAUUUGCACCUUCCACAGCCUCAGCAUUGAUCUCACAGCCACCUCAAACAUCAUCACCAUCCUCAUUCUCCAAUCAAGUCUCCACCUUGGGACGCCCCGAUGGCUCCACCACAAUCCCAACCGUUUCCUCCAUUAAUGAACCCACAUCCCUCUCCCUCUCCACCUCUCUUUACCUCUCCAGCAACGGCUCCUCCCUCUUCCCAACACCUGAACCACAAGACCAUCGCCACUACACUCAGCCCGCUGUCAUGUCCGCCACCGCAUUGCUCCAAAAGGCAGCCCAAAUGGGCGCUGCCGCAUCAAACGCGUCAUUGCUUCGUGGGUUUGGCUUGGCCACGUCAUCCUCGUCCCCAUCUCAAGAAAAUAGCACGGCGCUGCAGUGGAACAAACCGGAGAGCGGUGGUGGUACUACCCAGAUGGCAGCUGGGGUUGGGCUCGAACUUCUCUCAACUGCAAGUGCUGCCCAUUUGACUGAUCUAAUGAUGGGCCCACCUUCCCAAUUUGGGGGCCAGCCCAUGACGCGUGACCUUCUUGGGCUCAGCAUAGGUGUUGGCAGCAGCGGCAGCGGUGCUUCCACAGGCGGGCUUUCUGCGUUGCUAAAUUCCUUUGGUGGUGGGGGCAGUGGCUUCGACGUUGCAGCUGCAGCAGCUGCUGCGUAUGGAGGAGGAGGAGGGGCUGGGAGUUCUCAGAGAGAGUCAUGGGAAGGUGCACAAGAUAGAUAGUCCAAUGGGCCUGCCUUGCUCUAGAACAGCCUCAUUUUCGUUCCUGUGAUUGAUUUUGUUGGCAUAGGUAAAGAAAGAGAGCGACUCUGGGCAACUCGCUGGCGCUCCUGCUUUUGAAGAAUCUCCAAGCGCAGUGGCCUUGUGUGUUUUGUGCUGCUGAUUAUAAAUAUAUUGCCUAAAUUUUGUCUUUUGAAUCGUAGCUGUUUUGAGUAUUAGCUCAUUUAAGUUGUAAUCUUUUGUUUUUUCUCGGUCGAAAAAAAGUUGUAGUCUGUAGGGAUGUGAAUGGGAAAAAAAGCAGUGUACAGGAGCUUAAUUUUCAAGUUACUAGCUAGCGUAGCAAAAGUGCACAGCACAAAAUUAAGGGAAAACAUGUAAUGUGCGUCCGAGUCUGCACUACGUAAAAAGUGAGAGAUUCAGUUGUCUUUCAAGUUC